AUGGAUGCGCUCACGAUCCCGGUAAAGGGCUGCUCCCGCUUCCCGCCCAUUCUCUACGACUACCCCAUCCCAUACUGCAUCCUCGCCGCCGACCACCCCCGCAUGGAACAGUGCUGCAAGCAAGUCGCCGGCAGCCAGAACAACACGGCCGAGGGCUGCUACCCGUGGUGCCCCAUCCUGCCCCAAGCAACUGCCACCGCCGCCGCCGCAGACGACAACGACACCGCGCCGACGACGGGCGAUACGAUGAACAGCUUCUACAUGUGUCUGGUCGAUGGCGACGACGGGGCGCCGCCCGAGGGCCUGUCCUGCUCGUCCGAGAUCCAGAGGCGCGAGGCGAGUGCGGGGAGUCGCGUGGCAGAGGCGGGAUCGCUCAGGAUAAAGAUGGCUUCGGGGCUGGGGACGCUGAUGGUGGUUGCGCUGCUGUACAGUUGA